CAUCUCUUCCAUCACUGUCCCUCUACCCCGUGCUCCGCCAUCGACAACGACAGUUCCGCCUGCACUCUCCGCCCUCCACUCCUCUCACCGCCCCGCGCUCGCACUGCAACUCCAGCGCCACGUCCCCACGAGCUCGCAGCACUUUCUGCCCCAGUAGUGCAGCACAAACCUCCGCGAGCAGACAAGCUCGGUUGGCCGAGUUUCACGAACACACCCCAUCCUCGCAACCCGCAGGACACCUCUGCCUCGUUCGCGCGCACCCCGCUCACUUCUGCCAUCAUGGCCGCCGAAGUUUCCGGACUGCCCAAUGGCAGCUACGGCGUGCACCAGCCCUACGCCGCUGGGGACCAAAGCAGCUACGGCUACUCUGCCUCCAACCAAAAUUCACAGCCACCUGCUGCUCAGCAAGCUCCGCCGCCAUCCACCACGCCGUCCAACUCCGCACCGCAAUCCGCGCCGCAAUCUGAUAUCCCCAAGGAUGAGGUCGGCUGGUAUUUCGUCGAGCAGUACUACACCACGCUGUCCCGAUCGCCGGAGAAGCUCUACCUGUUCUAUAACAAGCGCUCGCAAUUCGUUUCGGGGCAGGAGACCGACAAGGUCGCCGUGUGUGUGGGACAGCGCGCAAUCAACGACAAGAUCCGCGAGCUGGAUUUCAAUGACUGCAAGGUCCGAGUGACCAACGUCGAUUCGCAAGCUUCGGACAGCAACAUCGUCAUUCAAGUCAUUGGCGAGCUGAGCAACCGCGGCCAGCCUCACAGAAAAUUCACGCAGACAUUCGUCCUCGCCACGCAGACCAACGGCUAUUUCGUGCUGAACGACAUCUUCCGAUACCUAGUCGAGGAGGAAGACGAGGCCGAGAAUGAACCACAGCAACAGCAACAAGAGGAGACACAGCAGGUGCCCGACGCAGAAAGUGGCGUGCAGGAACCUGCACCUACCGAGGCGCACCCCACCACUCUCACGAGCUCCUCUGACCCUGCCGCCGUGGAGCACGAUGCCGAAGAGGUUGAUAAGAAAAUUGAUGAGAAGCUUGCGAAUGGAACGAAAUCAGAAGCCAACGAGAAGACUGCUGCUCCUGAGGAGGCGAAGCCGGCAGCGGUGGAGCCCGAGACGAGUGAAGAAGCGCCGGCCGCGCAGACCGAACAAGAGCCUGAGCCAGCCAAGGAGCCAGAGAAGGAGGUUACUGCUGAAGCGACUGCAGAGUCAGAGACCGCGAAAGAACCGGAGCCAACACGUGCACCUUCGCCGCCGAAGCAGGAAGCACAGAAGCCUGCGCCCGCACCAGCACCAAAGCCGGCCGCGCCGGCAGUGCCAAAGACUUGGGCCAGCCUCGCAGCAUCUGCUGCCAAGACUGUAGCUCCAGCAAUUCCACAGCCAGUGGCACAGGCCGCGAAGGCCGUCGCUCAGAAGACAGCCACCACAGUCACUCCAACCGCACCAGCCGCUGCUACCAACCCAGCGACCCCGAUCACUCCGUCUGCCCCAUCUUCACAAGAUGCAAAGGCCAACGACUCUCAGGACGAGUGGACUGCAGUGGGAAGUGCCCACAACCGCAAUGCUUCGAAGCAGACCAACUCCGCUCCGCAGCAGCAGCAGGAGCCCCAAUUCCGUGGCUACAUCAAGAACGUUUCCGACAACGUGGACGGCAACAAGCUGAGGGCAGAACUUGAGAAGUUUGGCGAUCUCCUCUAUUUCGACAUUGCGCGUCAAAAGAAUUGUGCUUUUGUUGACUUCAAGACCGCCGAGGCUUACAACAAGGCCAAGGCCACCCAAUUCGAGGUUGAUGGCAACGAUGUUCCCCUUUUCGUUGAAGAGCGCAAGUUCCGUCCCGGCUCAACACCAUAUAUCCCACGCGGCCAGUACCAGGGCGGACGUGGUGGACCUCGUGGUGGUGGCAAUCAAGGUGCUCCACGGGGCAAUUUCCAGGGUGGCCGCGGCGGUCCCGGCCAAGGCGCACCGAGAGGCCGUGGAGGAUAUGCGUCUGCCGGCCCGCGCGGCGGACGUGGCGGUGCUCAGUCUUAAGCAUCAUGCCGAGUCAACUUGAUGAGGUCUGCAGCGUCGCCCCUGCUCACUUUUCACGGCGAAGGAACGAAUUCGGCAACCUUUCACCUACCAUUCGACGCGAUGUACCAUUACUUUGAACGUAUUACGCCUCGAUUCCUCGCUGAUCGAGUUCAUUUGGGAGUGGAAAGGACUUCUAAUGUGUCAUUAGCAGCAGACGAAAUGUUAUGUUCAAAGAGAGACGGCGGCAAGGGAAAAAAGCGAGCUUGUUAUUAUAUCAGCUAGGUUUUUUGCGUUGCAUAGCGUGGCUUCCUGAGCGUGGCAAGGGGCACGUGCUUGGCCUUAGAGCGGCACCAAGAGCGACGAAAUGCUCUACUCGAUAGUUUGCCACUCGACUCUGUGUAUGAAGAGUGCAGGGUUUAGACUUUCGAGACCAAUUGUACGAACACAUUGCCUUCAAUUCUUUCGACGACUAUCUCGUAGCAUACUUCACAGCUGCCU